AUGUUUCAUUUCUGGAGCUCCGAUCCUAGGGGAAGCGAUCAGCUUGGAAAAAACCUGGAGUUACCGCUGGACGCUACGUCAGACCGGUCGUCGCAAAUCGUCCCUGGCAUCCCGGCUCCCAAGAGGAGCUGGGAUGCCUAUGACGACUCCGGAGAAGCAUCGUCGGAUGCGUCUCUGGCUAAGCGAACCAAAUUGCACUCAGACAACUUCGACUCAGCUUCUGUAUCAUCGCGCGACGACCCAGUAUCUUCCCUUGGCGAUGAUCGUUUGGAUCAUGUGCGCGACGUCGUCAGGCACCAAAUGGGCCUCGAGGUGCUUCUCAAGCAUCAAGAGUUGAGGUUGAUCAAUCAGGAGCUUGCCAAGUGCCAAAUAGCGCUGGAACAAUUGCGCAGAUGCCACCUGAUCCCGUAUCCUCAAUAUUGUCCUACUCCCGACCAGAUGCUCGACAUAAGCAGCGGCAAGGGCCCUGCAGCCAUCACUCGAUUCGGAGAACCAGUUCCUCAUUGGGCACCGCCCUUUGGGGUCGUGGAUGGUCCAUAUGCACGACAUUAUGCGAAGUGGCUCAUCCCCGACCCCGCUUUCGAUGGCGAACAGCCAGAGUGGCAGUUCACGUCGGAAUCUUCGCGCGCACGUAUUCCCAUUGCCGAAGGCAGAACGACCAGGAACAGUUUCACGGAAACUCUGCCAGCCUCCAAGGGCAGACCUGUUCGCGGAAACGCAGGCCAGAAGCUUCAAGCUUUGUCGAGUGGAUAUCCUCAACCAAAGGACAAGGCUGGUCCUUGUAUUCUAAAGCGAUCCGAUGGCCAAACCGUUAAGCUGGUUUGCCUCGACUGCAACCGCGAAAACUUUUCCAGCACUCAAGGCUUCAUAAACCACUGCCGGAUUGCGCACAAGCGGGACUUUAAGAGCCAUGAGGAGGCUGCCGUCCAGAGCGGACACCCCAUCGAUGUUGGAGAGAAUGGUGGUGCUGGGAGCGCUGGCACAGAUGACAAGACCCAAGCUAGCAAUACCGUCAACAACAACAACAACAACAACCACAACCCGUCGUCGUUUCCAACGCACGUGCAUCCCUUUGCCCGGCAAGACAUGUCCGAUCAAGAGGUGUACGUCAAACUGCGCACGCGAAUCGCCGACUCACUCGAGCUGUAUCACCAAGGUAAGCAUCCUGGUGUUGACGCGAUCAUCUCAAGGACCCCUGGUGUGAACGCGCCGGUUUCCAAGAAGUCAAGGGCCGCCGCCACCAGAUUCAAUCCUGCUACUGAGACCCCGUAUCUGUCUCGUCUGAUGAAGAGCCGCAACUUCAAUGGCAACCUUCGUGACCUCGUUGCAGACGCCAAGACCAAGAUUUCCAUCGAAGACAUGACACCCGACGACGAAUCCGACGAUGCGGGCACUCCCAUUACUGCCUUCGACGGAUCAAAUGAUGGUGCUCCUACUCGAACUCCUUUCGUCAAGCGUGUACCAGCCCAGAGCGGUAAGACGCCUGCUGCUCCUACCGACUUGCCCAGCCACCCAACGAGCAGCAAGAGCCGUGCUCCGCCCAUGUCUGUCGUAUCCUCUCCUGGUUCUAGUCUGGAUGUGAUGUCCAAACCGGGCUCCGAUGCUGCCUUGUCCGAUGAAGAGAUGGAUAUGGAAGCCAACCUCAGCCCCAGUACCUUGGUCAGCAACAAUGCGCCGUCUCUUGUUAGUGACGACGGAGAGUAUGACGACUCUGAUGACGGAUCCUCCAUUUCCGGUGGUAGUGAUGAGCUUGACAACGAAUCUGUGUCUGACGUCGCUGAAAUUACGCUUGACGACGACCAUGACUCGAGGUCCCUGCGCCGUGGCUCCAACGGCGUUUCCGGAACAGUGAGGCUCCGUAAAGACGAUGUCAACAAGCAACAUGUCACCUUUCUUGGGCCGGUGAGGAACCGAGCCAAGGAGCGAAGAUCGCGCAGAGCAUGA